AUGGCGUCGGCGAUUCCGCCAGUCGGCGGCGAGGGCGUCCACGGCGGCGGCGAGGGCGUCCACGGCGUCGGAGAGAUGCCGUUCUGGCCUCCUAGCGGAACGGUUGGCGUCGACGGGGAUGGCGGCGACGAGUCCAGCUCCGCGUACUCGACCGACGACGAGGAGUCGAUGUUACUCACCAUGGAGCAGCGGUUGCGGUUGGCGCAUCAGUGGGUGGCGAACCCUAGCAGCAGCCAUGAGUUGACGCAUGGACUUGGCGGCGUGCUUUUGGAUGAAGACAUUUGGCAAGUAAGGAUCCAUUUUGAUGCAAGAGAACCAUUGGAGAUGAAGCUGUGUGGUUCAGAUAUUACUUAUCUGAAUUUGGUUGCAGUGAUGGAAACCCAAGGAUUUAAUGCAUAUGAUUGUUUGUUUCACAUUGAAAAUCCAUCUUUAGGAGAGAAAGGGCUGGAUUUGGUAGACAGUCAUGCAGAAUUACAGAUGAUAAAGAGGAAGAUCCAGGACAAAUUGGUGCUUAAUUUGCUAGUCAGGGCUUGUCCACCCCCUGAUACUGAUUUUGAGAGGCAGCAUUUUGAAAAGCCAGACUUGUCCACUGUGGUGUACCAAGAGCCUGUUGUUUAUGAUCUGAGUGAGCCUCCUAUCUUAGCUGUUGAUCAGGAAGGAGUAGUCUUUGAGAGUCAAUGUAGCACACAUCACCCUGUUGCUCCUGCUGGUGUUUGCACACAAGAAAGCAGAAAUGCAACUAACAAGUUGAAAGCAGUUUUGGAAGAAGAAGAAGAGGGAUAUCAAGGAUUUGAGGCUUAUGAGGACAGUGAUUCCUCUGAUGAGGAUGGUCAAAUUGGAAGUUACCCUAAUUACAUGGUUGAUGAAGAAGAUGUAGAGGUGGAAGAGGGAAAGAGGCAGAGAGAGCUAGAAGUACAAGAGGAAGAAUCAGAUGAUGAUCAAUCAGAAGAGGAAGAAAUGCUGCAUUAUGAGGGUGACACUGAAGUUGAGGACCCAUUUGAGGUAGAGGAAGAUAGGACUUUUGAACAAGAAGAAGAAACUAUAGUUGAACCUGUAAAGAAGAAGCAGAAGCUGUCAGUUAGAAGAGGCCCAACCACUAGGUCACAUUGUAGUGAGCUACCAGAGGUUGAACCUGAUUUCAGACCAUCAUCAGAUGAAGAAGAGGAGGGGUUGUUGAGGGAGAGUGAUGAUGAUGGUUUGCAGCCACUCUCUUUUGUCCUACAAAAGAAAAGGAAGAGUAGGGCAAAGAAAAGGCCUCCUAGGAAGUGGUACAAUGAUAAAAUGGAGCAACCACAUGAGCAACUGUGUAUGAAGUUGUGUUUUAGGGAUCAGCAUCAAUUCAGAGAAGCUUUGUUGAAUUUGCACAUCACCCAGGCCAGGAAUUUCAGGUAUCAUAGGAAUUCAGAUCAGAGGAUAAUUGUUGAGUGUACAGAUAAAAAAUGCCAGUUCUUAAUGGUGGCAGCAGUUAUAGAAGGGGAGAAAACAUUUGUAAUUAAGAAGAUGAGACUAGAGCACACUUGCCCUAGUACCACUGAGACCACCAGGGUUAGUGCUAAGUGGCUAGCACAGAAAUAUGAGCAUCUUUUUAGAUCUGAUAUAACUACUGGUAUUCAGACUAUAAUUGAUGCAUGCAAUGAAAAAUAUGGUGUAGAUGUGCCCAAGUGCAUGGCAUAUAGGGCAAAGAACAUAGCUAUUGAUGUUGUGUUAGGAGAUCACAGGAAGCAAUAUCCUAGGCUUAAAGACUAUGCUCAGACUGUCAUGGACACAAACCCUGGGAGUAGAGCUAAUCCAAGUACCUCACAGCCAAGAAGUGCUGGUCCUUCUACUGCACCAACAGCAAGACAACCAAGACCUGCUGCUUCUGCUCGUACACCACCAUCAUCUGGAAGAAGAGGAGCUGGCAGAGGAGCUGAUUAUUGUGACAAAUCAGUACCAAUUCUGCUGCUAGCUGUUGCAUGUCAGUACCAAUAUUGGGGGAUCACAUAA